AUGGCUCAUAUUCUACAAGAACUCUUGGCUGAAAACCAGAAGUUGAGAGAAGACAUUUUGGAUUUAAGGGAGGAAAAUCGAGUACUGCUGGAUGAUAAGAAAGCUUUAAUAGAAAAUGAUAGCAAGAAUAAAGAACAAAUCAUGAAGCUAAGAGAGGAAAUUAGAAAAGAACAGAAAGAAAAAAAAAAUAUUCUGGAAGAAAAGAACUCUAUGAUAGAGAAAUUGAGGAUUCUUCAAGGGAUUUUAUCAAAUACCCCAGGUCACUCACCUGAUCAUAGAGACAAAUACGACGGUGAUAAGCUAGUUAACGAAUCUAUUGAUAAAGGUUCUCCCUUACCUCAAAUUACUAAUAGAAUGUCAUCUUUAAACAAUGUGGGUGAUGAUAACGAACACAAUAAAAAGUCAUACCACAGUACCACUCAUUUUUCGGAUAACCAGCUACAUUUAGAUCAUAAGAAAAAAUUAAAGGAAUUUCAACAUCCAGAUUCUAAACUUGAGAAUUCUAUUGAUUCAUCAAUGGAAAAAUUGGCAAUAAGUGACCGUGGACACAUUAUUGAUUCGCGUGUACCUCAAUCGAUGGAACCUUCUAAUUUAAUACUGAAAACCGUUGAAGCAUCUGUUACUCAGGAUCAUAACAUUCCACGAGAUGGAGCAUUUUCACAAACAUCCUCUUCUUACGCUGCAACGUUUCCGAGACAGAAGCUUAUAUCAAAUGAUCACCAGUGGAAAAGUGUAGAGGGCAAUGAUCGGCCCCUUCAGCAAAGGCAACACGAUGUUGAAGGAAAAAUCAUGUCAUCUAAUCCUGCUCUUGUUAAGACAUUAGUAUCGUCAUCAGCUAAUCAAAAUCACGCCAUUAAUAACGGAAAUUCUCCUGAAGCCAUGAAGUUAUACGAUCUCUCUUACAUUCGCGACAUAGUCAAUCCUUACAAACAUAAAAAACCAAAGAAAGCAUUCAAGCACGGUUCAGUUGAGCAAUGGGAGAUUAAGAAGAGUCAAAUACCCAAGAAGCAAGUUCCACAGUCACUGUAUAAAAGUCAAGAUAAACAAGAAGAGGGUUAUUAUGGGAUGUAUCGAUUUAAUCAGAUUACAAAACAACUUCAUAGAACAGUAGAAAAUCGAUUUUUUGUUAGACAGCCUGGAUUAUCAACAACUGUUACAUCUACGAUGCAUCCAGAACAAAUAUACCAUUUUAAUGAAAAAUUAAGUCAAGAAUUGAAAGAAUUAGAUGGUCAAAUAAGAAUGUAUCAAGACAAGCCGAUUAAACCUGAAUAA